AUGCCGACGACAUCGUCCCUCCACGCGCUGAUAGCGCACUACUUAGCGACAAACUAUCCCGCCGCACUCCCCUCUUUCCUCUCCUCGACGAACACGCCCGCACCCGACCUCUCCAACCCACCAGUGCCCGACCUCCAAACACUAGUCUCGGAUGGACAGUCCUACGAGCUCGCGCGCCAGCUUGGCUCAUCCUCUAUUACGCAGGACGGGGAGGGAUGGAAUGCACCGCUCGAGAAACUCGCCCAGGUACCGCUACGUGAGGGCGAUGGGCUGAAGCCGGCCCGGGAGAUCCCAGUGUUAACGACGGGCAACCUGCUGGCUCUUGCGACGGGACUGAUCCCGGAACGAGAAUUCGAUACGGCGUCUGCGGAGUAUAGGGCGCGAUGGAGGGCGGGUGUAGUCGUCAGCAGUGCCGAUAAGGGCGUGCGCGUCCUCGACUAUGAGAGCGGAGAGGAGAAACACCUACUGCACCCGCACGCCUCGCCCGCGAUCAGCCUAGCGCUCCACCCAACGCAUAGACGCUACCUCGUCUCGGGGGCCAUGGACGGGUCCACCGUCAUCACGGACCUAGUCACGUCCACGCCGGUACAGACCUUCCAGCAAACGAAAUUCGUCGUGCGCGUCUGUUUCUCCCCCGACGGCCGCUGGCUGUCCACAGCAAGCUACGACCGCACCAUCAACGUGUACGAGAACACGCACAGCCCGUCCCUCGGCGUGCGCGCGGAUGAGUACCACGCCGCAGCCGAGGAGGGAGGUGUAGGCGAUGAAGUACCCAUCAUUGACCGGGACGACGACCCGGAGCUAGCGUGCGAGCCGGGGCUGGGGUAUGUGCUCCGCCACACCGUGAAGACGGAGGGGAACCCGGAAGCUGUCCUGUUCCACCCCAAGUCUGAGUGGAUGAUCUGGACAGAGAGGGGCGGGUUUGAGAUGAAGUAUCUCCGUCUGCCGGGCGAGCGCAGCGAGCGCGGCGAGCGUGGCGAGUCGGUGAUCGGGGUAGGGACCGGGGCCGGGACCCAGAGUGCUGGUGAGGACGUGGCCAUGGACGGAGUGGACGGAACCGAGGGAGUGAAGCCCUGGGACAUUCGGAGCAAGAGCUUCAACGCGCACCCGGGCGACACGCACGUCUCCUUCUCCGUGCUCGACAUGGCCCUCCACCCCUCAGGCAGGAUGAUCGCGUGUGUGACGGGCGACCACGCGAGUGGCGGCGAGCGCGUGCUCGUGUACGGCACGGAGCUGGACGAGGUGAGUUUGAGCUCUAGUCUUGAGCACGAGUCUUGA